CGCAGGGCGCCAUGGAACGGCUGAAAGUCACCGUGCUUUUCCUCCUUCUGUCCAGUCUUUGCAGCGGUGAAGAGAAUGAAGGUGCUAAAAAUACAUCUACUCUUGUGUUGCCAUCAACGGUUUCUACAACAAUAUCUACACCAACACCAAAUCCUUUUGUCAAAUCAACAUCUCCUAAGGGAACAACCAACAGUGAAUCAUUAAAAACAACUCUGGUGUCAACAGUUUCUUCAUUAUCAACAGUUAAAGGUCAAGAAUUAAGAACCACAACCAAUGGUACCACAAAGAAUGAGUCCAUCUUUACAACUGUAACAGAGGCAAAUAUUCCACUUUCAAAGGUUGUCUCAACAUCACAAAGUUUCCAAAACAAGACUGACAAUCAAAGUUUAACCAAAACAACAGAAAUACCAGGCAAAACUCCACAACCAGAUAUAUCGCAUUCUAAAACCAGCACAUUACCCUCAGUGUCAACUACAGUUACAGAAAAUCUCUUGCCGUCUCAAGGCACUGAGGAUGGAAAAAAUGCAAGCUCUCCUACAACCAGCCCCUCUUAUUCCAGCAUUAUUUUGCCGGUGGUUAUUGCUUUGAUCGUAAUAACACUUUCAGUGUUUGUUGUGGUGGGUCUGUAUCGAAUGUGCUGGAAGACAGAUCCAGGCACUACGCAGGAAAAUGGAAAUGAUCAACCUCAGUCCGAUAAAGAGAGUGUGAAGCUUCUCACUGUUAAGACAAUUUCUCACGAGUCUGGUGAGCACUCUGCACAAGGAAAAAGCAAGAACUGACAACUUGAUGAAUCCUCCCUACAACUAGGCAAUAAAUAUGCUUCACCUUCAGCUUCUCUGUUCCAAGGCUGGGAAGGGAGAGACUCCAGCAGGAUCAGUUCUGCCUCCCAGUCCUGCGGCCCGCCUGCUCCAGUUGCUGUCCCAAUAAAGUGAUGUUUAGUGGGCAUGCAGUGAUGUGACAGAAUCAGGAAGAAUUCUUGGUCUCUCCUGACUUUUUGCAACUGAGAAGCACAUUACUUCUUUUUAUAGUAACAUUCCUAGGAAAGCAAUUUUGAGGAGGGGGGUUUGAGAGCAGUGAAUCUGACGGCCCAGGCAGGUGGGCUCGCUGAAGGCACACUCUUCCUGGAGUUAAAAGUUUCCAGGGCUGACAAUUUUUAUCCAAGAGGAUUUUACUACUUUCUGGGUGUCCUUCUAUUACCUAGUGUCUGUAUUUAUUAUUUUCCACUAUGUUAAUGCAGAAAACAUUUGCCAAGUAUG